AAGAGGGGGAACCAGGGGCUCCUUUGCUUCAGCCCCAAAUCCUGUGCUCCUGGCACUGAGGCUUUUGCUAGGACACUUCUGCAGUGUGGUUUGGGGGGAUGGAGUUGGGGAGGAGCAAAGGACUGGACAGUCCACUCAUUGCGGACUGGGGAAAAACAGGGAGUGGAAGGAGACGGCAUUGCCGUGAGGUUGGGAGAUCCAGAUGGAAGUGGCGUGGACCAAGUGAGAGGGGCACAGUUGGCGCUGGCUGGGGCCUCAGACAGUGACCCACACUGGCCCUCUUCAACCCGGGGGCCCACCCCCAGGCAGUGCAGCACGGGGCAGGGGAGACGAUGGCCCGCCUCUUCAGUCCCCGGCCACCCCCCAGCGAAGACCUCUUCUUCGCUGAGACCUACUACAUCCUGAGCCAGCAGUACCCACUGCUGCUACUGCUGCUGGUGAUCGUGAUCUGCGGGCUCCUGGCUCUACUGGCUGUCGCCGGUGCCAGCGGCAGGGAGCUGGCCUCCGACCCGGGCUUCCUGACCACUGUGCUGUGCGCCCUGGGUGGCUUCUCGCUGCUGCUGGGCCUGGCUUCCCGCGAGCAGCGACUGCAGCGCUGGACGCGUCCCCUGUCCGCCCUUGUGUGGGCAGCGCUGCUCGCGCUAGGUCACGGCCUCCUGUUCACCGGGGGCGUGGUGAGCGCCUGGGACCAGGUGUCCUUUUUCCUCUUUGUCAUCUUCACCGUGUAUGCCAUGUUGCCCUUGGACAUGCGGGAAGCCGCCGCCGCGGGCCUCGCCUCCUCACUCUCACAUCUGCUGGCCCUCGGGCUGUAUCUUGGGCCUCAGCCGGACUCACGGCCCGCGCUGCUGCCGCAGCUGGCAGCAAACGCGGUGCUGUUCCUGUGCGGGAACGUGGCGGGAGCGUACCACAAGGCGCUGAUGGAGCGCGCACUGCGCGCCACGUUCCGGGAGGCGCUUAGUUCUCUGCACUCACGUUGGCGGCUGGACACCGAGAAGAAGCACCAGGAACACCUUCUCUUGUCCAUCCUUCCUGCCUACCUGGCCCGAGAGAUGAAGGCAGAGAUCAUGGCACGGCUGCAGGCUGGACAGGGGUCACGGCCAGAGAGCACCAACAACUUCCACAGCCUCUAUGUCAAGAGGCACCAGGGAGUCAGUGUGCUGUAUGCUGACAUCGUGGGCUUCACACGGCUGGCCAGUGAGUGCUCCCCUAAGGAAUUGGUGCUCAUGCUCAACGAGCUCUUUGGCAAGUUCGACCAGAUCGCCAAGGACCAUGAAUGCAUGAGGAUCAAGAUCCUGGGAGACUGUUACUACUGUGUCUCAGGGCUGCCGCUCUCCCUGCCAGACCACGCAAUCAAUUGUGUGCGCAUGGGGCUGGACAUGUGCCGGGCCAUCAGGAAACUUCGGGCAGCCACCGGCGUGGAUAUCAACAUGCGUGUGGGUGUACACUCAGGCAGCGUGCUCUGCGGUGUCAUCGGACUGCAGAAAUGGCAAUAUGAUGUCUGGUCCCAUGAUGUUACACUGGCCAACCACAUGGAGGCGAGUGGAGUGCCAGGACGAGUACAUAUCACAGGGGCUACCCUGGCCCUGCUGGCAGGGGCUUAUGCUGUGGAGGAUGCAGCCAUGGAACACCGGGACCCAUACCUUCGGGAGCUAGGGGAGCCUACCUACCUGGUCAUUGAUCCCCGGGCCGAGGAGGAGGAUGAGAAGGGCACUGCUGGAGGGUUGCUGUCCUCUCUCGAGGGCCCCAAGAUGCGUCCAUCGCUGCUGAUGACCCGCUACCUGGAGUCCUGGGGUGCAGCCAAGCCAUUUGCCCAUCUGAGCCACGUAGAGAGCCCUGUGUCUACCUCCACCCCUCUCCCGGAGAGGGCCCUGUCUUCCUUCAGCCCCCAGUGGAGCCUGGACCGGAGCCGUACCCCCCGGGGACUGGAUGAUGAACUGGACACUGGGGAUGCCAAGUUCUUCCAGGUCAUCGAACAGCUCAACUCUCAGAAACAGUGGAAACAGUCAAAGGACUUCAACCCUCUGACACUGUACUUCAGAGAGAAGGAGAUGGAGAAAGAGUAUCGGCUCUCUGCACUCCCUGCCUUCAAGUACUAUGCAGCCUGCACCUUCCUGGUUUUUCUCUCCAACUUCAUCAUCCAGAUGCUGGUAACAAGCAGGCCCCCAGCUCUGGCCAUCACCUAUAGCAUCACCUUCCUCCUCUUCUUCCUCCUCCUCUUCGUCUGCUUCUCAGAGCACCUGACGAAGUGUGUCUUGAAAGGCCCCAAGAUGCUGCACUGGCUGCCCACGCUCUCUGUCCUGGUGGCCACACAGCCUGGACUGCGAGUCGCCCUGGGCACCGCCACAAUCCUGCUCGUCUUUGCUAUGGCCAUUACCAGCCUGGUCUUCCUACCGGCAGCAUCGAACUGCCCUGUCCGGGCUCCCAAUGUGUCCUCCGUGGCUUUCAACUUCUCCUGGGAGCUCCCUGGGUCCCUGCCUCUCAUCAGUGUCCCAUACUCCAUGCACUGCUGCGUGCUGGGGCUCCUCUCCUGCUCCCUCUUCCUGCACAUGAGCUUCGAACUGAAGCUGCUGUUGCUCCUGCUGUGGCUGGUGGCCUCCUGCUCCGUCUUCCUGCACUCCCACGCGUGGCUGUCCGACUGCCUCGUCGCCCACCUCUAUCCAGGCCCCUUGGACCCCAGGCCAGGGGUGCUGAAGGAGCCCAAACUGAUGGGAGCGAUCUCUUGCUUUAUCUUCUUCUUCACCCUCCUCGUCCUGGCUCGCCAGAAUGAGUAUUACUGCCGCCUGGACUUCCUGUGGAAGAAGAAGCUGAGGCAGGAGCGGGAGGAGACAGAGACGAUGGAGAACCUGACUCGGCUGCUCUUGGAGAAUGUACUCCCUGCGCACGUGGCCCCCCAGUUCAUUGGCCAGAAUCGGCGCAAUGAGGACCUCUACCACCAGUCCUACGAGUGUGUUUGUGUCCUCUUCGCCUCAGUCCCAGACUUUAAGGAGUUUUACUCUGAAUCCAACAUCAACCAUGAGGGGCUAGAGUGUCUGCGGCUGCUCAAUGAGAUAAUUGCUGAUUUUGAUGAGCUGCUCUCCAAGCCCAAGUUCAGUGGAGUGGAGAAAAUCAAAACCAUCGGCAGCACCUACAUGGCAGCUACAGGCUUAAAUGCCACCUCUGGACAGGACUCACAGCAGGAUUCUGAGCGGAGCUGCAGCCACCUUGGCACCAUGGUGGAGUUUGCCGUGGCGCUUGGAUCUAAGCUGGACGUCAUCAACAAGCACUCAUUCAACAACUUCCGCUUGCGUGUGGGGUUAAACCAUGGACCUGUGGUAGCUGGAGUGAUUGGGGCCCAGAAGCCACAAUAUGACAUCUGGGGCAACACAGUGAACGUGGCCAGCCGCAUGGAGAGUACAGGCGUCCUGGGAAAGAUCCAAGUGACUGAAGAAACAGCUGGGGCCCUGCAGUCCUUAGGCUAUACCUGCUACAGCCGGGGCAUCAUCAAGGUCAAAGGCAAAGGGCAGCUCUGCACCUACUUCCUGAACACAGAUUUGACGCGAGCUGGACCUCCCUCAGCCACUCUAGGCUGAGAACCCCACCCCCUCCUCUCCACCUGUAAGAUCCUUAAUAAAGAUACUCCUGUAUGGCUGGGUUAGAA